UUUCAAUCAAUAACUCUAAAUUAGUAUUUAUUAUAGUUGCUGCAGUAAAUCAAACAUUGUACAGUUUCAGAACUGAAUGGCUCAGAAGCGUUAAAAGGAAAAAGAGACUCUCUCUCCCCUAAUCUCCUCUCACAUGGUCAUCAAAAGCCAAAGCCAAAAAAACAAAGAACCCAGAAACCUAGAAGACAGACACAAAAAUUAAAGCUUUACUGAGCCACCAAGCAACCAAUUACACAAACUCAAAAACCCAUAAGACCAAAAAACUCCCACAAAGAUUCCAUCUUUCAAUAUCUCUACAAUGAGAAAGCCAAUGCUUUGAUUUUUCCCCCAAUCUUUCUUCCAACAAACCUCAAAAGCAAACCACCAAAAUAAUCCACACAGAAAAAAAUGGGUCUUUCAAUCUCAUUCCUCAACAUCAUCUUGAUGAUGUCUCUGCUGUUUGCAGAUCUCAAUGUCGUAGUAGAAUCUGCAACAACGGAAUACACAACCUUAAUCUACAAAGGAUGUGCAAGACAGCAAUUCUCAGAUCCAUCUGGUUUAUACUCACAAGCUCUCUCUGCUAUGUUCGGCUCAUUGGUCUCGCAGUCUACUAAAACCAGAUUCUACAAGACCACAACAGGAACAAGCACAACUACAAUCACUGGUCUGUUCCAGUGCAGAGGAGAUUUAAGCAACCAUGACUGUUACAACUGUGUUAGUCGUCUUCCUGUUCUCUCCGACAAGCUCUGUGGCAAAACCAUUGCUUCAAGAGUUCAACUUUCCGGCUGUUAUCUUCUCUAUGAAGUUGCUGGCUUUUCUCAAAUUUCAGGGAUGGAGAUGUUGUUCAAGACUUGCGGGAAGAGCAACAUCGCCGGAACAGGGUUCGAAGAGAGAAGAGAUACGGCGUUUGGGGUGAUGCAAAACGGCGUAGUAUCAGGUCAUGGAUUCUACGCUACUACGUACGAAUCUGUCUACGUUUUAGGACAAUGCGAAGGCGAUGUCGGAGACACCGAUUGCAGCGGAUGCAUAAAGAACGCACUCGAGAAAGCUCAGGUGGAAUGUGGAAGCUCAAUCUCCGGUCAGAUUUACCUCCAUAAGUGUUUCAUCGCUUAUAGUUAUUACCCAAAUGGUGUCCCCAGAAGAUCUUCUUCUUCUUCAUCUUCGUCUUCUUCCUCUAGCUCGGGCUCUUCAAAUUCAGAUCCUUCGUCUUCUACAGGAGCAACAGGGAAGACGGUGGCAAUAAUAGUAGGAGGAGCAGCUGGUGUUGGCUUUCUUGUCAUUUGCUUGCUUUUUGCCAAAAACUUGAUGAGGAAGAAACAUGACGACUAUUGAAAGUUGGAGGGGAAGAGAACAAAAGGAGUCCAAUCCCUCAUAAGAGAGGCACAAGUUUAAUUUUUAUUUCUUUGAGGCUAUUAAUUCCCAAGUCCAAACUUUUAAACUUCCAUAAAAAAAUUGUUAUUAUAUUAUAUUUUCUUUGUAUUAGUUCAGAUUAUUGGGAGGUAGGAAUUUCUUCUGGUGGAUGGAAAAAUGUGAACAAAAAAGAAUUUUGUUUUUCUCAAUCGAUUACACUAACUAUUCCAA